AUGUCCUAUUAUCAGGUCCCGCCUCAGCGAUCCUACACGGCUGGCCCAAUACCCUCGCACUCGCACUCACAUUCCGUCCCGGGUGUCUUUCCCAACUCCCAGUUCAAUCCCAACCAUCCUCAACCACCUCACGCGACAGCGACGGCACCUCCAACUCAGUCGUUCCCGUACCAGCAACAACCCCCGCCCAUCGCUCGCACCCCAUCACCCUUUCGACGCGCUCUCCCGAGCUCACAACGUUCCGAUCCAGUACCACGCAGCCUGACGCCAGGCUUGACGUCCCCCACGGCACCGGCUACGGCGUCCUUCUCAGCCAGCGCGUCGACUUUUUCUGUUAGUUCGCCUGGAUCUAGUACAGGUGGAUAUGCGGUAGCUUCCAACGUACGUUCUCAUUCCCAUUCAUAUUCUGUGGGCGAUCUGGUCCAGAAUGGCUCCCCGGGCGCAUUACCGUCACCAUAUCCGUCGAAUUGGAGUCCUGGAUAUCAGCGACAGCAGCAGCAGCCUCAGUACCAGCAACAACAGCCCCAAUCCCAACCGCAGCAGCCGUACUGGCCAUCCCAACAACCUUACCCUCAGAACCCACCGUAUACGCCACCCCAUCCACAGUCGGCAUACGCAUCAAUAGGCGGUACUCCACCCCAACUGCCAAAUAUACGCACGUCGUCUAUCUUCCCUCAGUCCCAGCAAUUUACGGGCCAACCCUCGUAUUAUCCCCCUCAAGGCAUGUCCAUGAAUGGUAGUCCUACCCAAACAAGCCCGAUGCGACCCAAUGGCAUUCCUAUGAAUGCUCGCACAUACUCUCAACCACUGGCAUCAUCGCCUGCUCCUCCCUUGAUCAGCCAAUCAACAUCCAAUCCUAGUCCAACCAGGAGACCUCUGCCUACUCCGGGUCCGCAAGGCAAGCCCAAUGCUAUCCCUAACAACGUGAACGGCGACGUUUUCGGAGGUCGCGUACAAACACGGUCGCCGAGCCCCAACAAGCCCCCUACGACAUCAGGACCCCCUACGAAUCGUAUUCCCCCGCGUUCUCAGAGCCCCGUUAAGGCGAUCAGAGAUAUCUUUGAAGCGCGUAGUGGAAGCGGUAGUAGUAGUAUUCAACCAACUAAUGCGGGGUUGCACGGAAAGGGGUGGAGCGAGGACAGCGAGAAUGGUGAUGGAGAAACGAGAGGGAGAAGCGGGUUUGCUGCGCCAGGCGGGGGUAGACGAACGAGUCCGCCGAAAUUCUUCGGCAAUGAUAAUAGUGGUGGACAAUCGAGUGUGAAAUUGAUUUCAUCGAAUACCACUAACGCGACUAAUCCAACGGCUGCCGCAUAUGCUGCUCUCCCGCCUGUACCUCUGUCAUCUCAGCAAGGAGAUGGUACGAAGUUCGUGCCGUUGUGGAAGAGAGGGAAGACUUUUACGUUCAACAAUGCUGCGAUCCCAUCUAAUCCUACCGGCAACUCAUCUAAUCCUACUAGUAACUCGAGCGCCUCUACUUCCAACGCUAACAGCAACCCGAAUAACUCAAAUCAAAGUAAGCCCCCGGACGGUCGGAAGAGCCGUGCGUUACCGCAGCCCGGAGUUGCGAUGUCGCGCGAAAGCGAGCCUCAACCAUCGAAAGUUGUGCCGCCUCAGUCGCAGCAGCAGUAUAUAUCACCAUCGCAACAACAGCAGCAGCAGCAGCAGCAGCGACAACAACAAACUCAAUUUCAAUUGUCUCGUCAACCACAAUCGCAGAAUAGUCCAGGUCCAGGUCCAUUUCAAAGUCAACCGCCGCAGACACAGUCGCGACCUCAAUCCCAACCCCCUCCGAGCCAACAAUCUGAUCCCCGGGUAUCACGAUCACAAAUCCAACAGCCGUCCAUACCCCAGCAGCAGCAGCAGCAACAUCAACGACAGCAUCAACAACAACAACAACAACAACAACAACAACAACCUCCGCGAACCAAACCAGACUCCAAUCCAGCUCGCUCGUCCCAACCGUCCCAACCGUUGCGCUAUACCCAACCGCUAUCACAGCCACAGCCCUUGUCAGAUCCUCGUCGCACCCGCGCACCUCCUCCGAAUCGAGUUCGCCACGCACGAUCAAAAUCACAGGGCCCCCCAAUCGCGCACCAGAAACCACAAGACGCGCCGCUCCUCCGUGGCGCGCCCCCAGGUUGGCGGACGACCGUCAGUGUUCCUGAAUUUCAGCUAAGUGAGAGUCCGCCGCCGGUAGGCCCGGGGCAUGGGAGAUCGCGAUCGAUGGGGCCGCCGGUGUCUAGAGGGCAGGGUAUGUCAGGAUCGGGGGCGAAUUCUCCGACGAAGAAUGGGAGGGCCCCUGAUGGGUGGAGGAGCACUGCGUUUGCGGCGCGCCCGCCGCCGCCUGAUGUGAACCCUCGUACGGGCGAGGUGUUGCCACCGAGGCAUAAGCCACCUGAGGGAUGGCGCCCGACCAUUAAGCCCCCGCAGCAGUCACAGUCGCGCCCGCCCUCAGCGUCGUCAUCGUCAUCUUUUGCUACGAAUUCUAGUAGCAGAGGAGAACCUAGGCAGAAGAAAGAAAAAGAGAGGCCGAAACAAGAUUCUUCGCUGACGAUGAUGACGAAUAGGGCGCCUGAAGGAUGGAGGACGAACGUACAGCCGGGUGUGACGGCGAAAGUGAAUGCGAGGGGACAACACGUUGUGCAGAAUGCUACGCAGCAGAGGGGUGUUGGCGCGCCGGAUGGAUGGCGCUCGAUGGUUCCUCCCACUGUGAUGUCCGGGCGGGGUGGUCAGUCCCAGAUCCACCAACCGCAGAAGUCGUCAUACCACGAUUCAAGUCCUAUGGCCACGCCGACGCGGUCGAGGGCCCCACCAUCCAAUGCGCGUGGAUCUCAUUAUGGGCGGUAUCCGGUCGUGGAUGAUGAUGAUGUGGGCGACUCCUCGCUUGAAUACGACUCGGGAGAUGCGUAUAGCGGGAUUUACGACGGGGAGGAGGGGUAUACGUCGUCUAUGAAUGAAACUGCUGUGACAGGCGACGAAGAGACCGACGGCGCGUCUAUGAUGAGCAGAGACACUGGUGAUACGGGGGAUACACAUAGUAGUCUCGGGGAUCCUUAUGCGUACGACGACUAUCGUCUUGGAGGCAAACACGGGAGGCAGCAGCAGCAGCAGCAGCAGCCAGCUAGGAGCCCGCAAUAUGGUAUCCGGGAUUUGCCAAAGAGUCGCGGAGGAUCGAACGCCGGUUUUCAUGACGAUGACUACGAGGAAGAAGAAGAAGACGCGAGGAGUAUGCCUCCGGCGAGUCCGGGGUAUGGGAUACGCGAUUUGCCAGCGCGAACGAGCUUUAUGGGUAAUUCGCGCUCGAGCCACCGUGACAGCAGCAGCUCGAACGGCGACGUUGGCGCGCUGCCCCGCCCUCCGGUAAUGAGCCGCCGAGGCACCAGCCAAGGUCAGCUGGCGGAUGCGCGCAGUCGACCUCAGAGCGCGGUUUCCAAUAUCAGCGCUGUCAGUAGUCAACGUGCUAGCAGAAUAAGCAAUUACAACAGCCACAACAAUAACAACAGUGCGGGAGAAUGGCCUGCGGACUUGCCGCCGCUUCCCCGGGCACCGUCUUCGACGUCGUCUGGCGGGAGGAGCAACGAUUCGAGGAGGUUGGCGGAACAGGCGAGGAGGAGAGAGAGGGAUUUGUUUGAUUUGGACGAUGCGCCUCCGCAAGGCGUGUCUGCUCUUCGCCGCUCCCCGUCGCCUGGGCCCGUUCGCCGGAUGGAAGAUUAUGAGGCAGGAAAUCAUCGGUCUAAUACAUCAAACCGAUUUCCCCCUCAAAGUCCUAUGUCGAGAGAGCCGCCGCCGCUCCCGCCUCGACAAACGUCUCCUUCUCGGGCAUCUACUACACAAUCAUCGUACGGUAGCGAAUACUCAAGCAGCCGUCCGUCGUCCAGGCCGGAACAACAGUCUCCUCGUUUACCGCCGCGACAAGCCUCUCCUUCUCGCCCUUUGCCCCAGCCGUCUCAACGCAGCCGCCCUCCGACGGUCGUUCGGAGACCAUCUCAAGCACGAUCUGACUUCCAUUCUGACCGUGAGGUGCCUACGCCCGCUUCGUAUAAUCAGCCGCUGCCUGCGUCCAGGCCGUAUACACCGGGAACGGCGACGCCACAGCACAAAGACAUGCCACUGAUAGAGAUUCAGUCGCCUGCGCCUGUUAGUGGGUGGGGACGUAGCGACCUCCCGAAGAUCGAGAUAGACAAUGGAGGUGAUGGUGAUCACAAUCAUAACCAUAAUCACAACAACUCGGGUGGCGGUGGUCCAUCAAUAAUGGUGUCAUCGCCGUCCGCGCCGACAAUAUCUAUCAAUGUAAUUGGCGAUGACGACGAUAACAGUGCGACAGGUCCGAUGAUCAGUGUUGCUGGGCCGGAGGAUGAUAAUCAUAAUCAUAAUCAUGGGGCGGAUGGCAACAAUUCUCCAUCAAAACAAGCCUUCAAGCGACCAUUACCUCCCUUGCACCGAGGAGGGGGGUUGAUCUGUGCAGGGUGCGGAGCUGCGAUCUUUGGGCGCAUUGUUAGCGCGAUGGGUUUACGAUGGCAUCCUCAAUGUUUCAAGUGCACUGUAUGUGAUGAACUCUUGGAGCAUGUGAGCUCUUUUGAGCACGAAGGGAGACCUUAUUGUCAUCUAGACUACCAUGAGAACUUUGCGCCUCGGUGCUAUUCUUGCAAGACAGCCAUUAUUGAAGAGCGGUUCAUCAGCUUGGACGACCCGGCCCUCGGAAAACGGACAUACCACGAACAGCACUUCUUCUGUGCAGAAUGUGGGGACCCCUUCCUAGCGCCGUCCGCGGCCAAUAGGAGAAAUAGUAAAGGUGGUGAGAUGGAGACCAACCUGUCCGGCGAUGGAGAAUUUAUGCUGGACGACGAUGUUGGGUUUACGGUUUACAAGGGGUAUCCGUAUUGCGAAGCGUGCCACGUCAGGUUGCGCAUGCCCAAAUGCAAGAAAUGCAAGAGGAGCAUUCGGGACGGGAUGCAGGCCGUAGAAGCCCUUGGAGGGAAGUGGUGCUAUGACUGCUUCGUAUGUGCCGUAAGUCCAUCAUGA